AUGCAUCUCGAUCUGAUAUCUGCUCUUAUCCAUCUCCUUUUGACUCUUUCAUACGUUCGCCUUCCCUCCCGCCUUCUUCCUUCAUCGACCAAGCUCAGGCGAGUGCUCUCCGCCUCCCUUCCCCGCCCGGUCGCCGACAAGUGUCUUUCCGAGCGUUUCUUCCCCAGUGUGCAACUGUUCAACUAUACCGACUCAGUCGUCCGUCUCACUUUCUUCUCGACUUCUGUGUCACCCAAUUUCGCCGAGCUCGAUUUUCAGACUUUCCCCCCUCGGAAUCUCGACCCGCUGUUCAUUGCGAACCAGGAAGCCCUCAGCCGCCCGCGCUCGAGCUCCUCCAUCCGUCCGGGCCCCUUCCUUCCUCCGUGGCUGCACGCCUUCGCUGUUACCCCAGUCUACGUCAAGUCAGCUGAGCCUAAGAGUCUGAGCAGCCGCGCAAGCCUGUACGCCUUUGACACGCGCCACGCCGCACCUACGACUACACUCCCGUACGGCGGCCAACAUGCGCUCCUCGGGCGGCGGUCCGUCUCUCACUCACACUCUUCCUCACCCAAUAAGAAAAUGGACAAUAGCAGCAUCAGCUCACAAUCACGCGUACCGACUCCGCACUCUCCGCACACCCCUCACACCCCGCACACUCCCACCUCACACUCGCUUCCGACCCCGCAACAAGCGCACGCUCUCAAACUCGAUGAGAUCACCAGGAGAGUCAGAGAGCAGAGCGAUCGCUUUCAGCAGGCGCUCAUGCCUGUUGCCGAACAACUGAAAGAGUUUGCAGACUCGAAUCCCGUUCUAUUCCGCGAUCCCGAUCCUGAUCUUUGUGAGGUUGAGCUGACUUCAGUGGCGAUUCUUCUCCCAAUUCUGGGCGCGACACUGGCCAUCUCCGGCCUGCUCCUCGUGUUCCUCCUCUGCGUCUUCCUCGCCUUCCGCCUUCUACACCACAUCCUCGAGCAGACCCAAGAUGCUGCAGCCAUCGACGGGAUCCUGUCUGGCCUGCGUGCCUGGAUCGACGAGACCAAGGUGCGCGUCGGCCUACUUCCGCCGCCGCCGCUCUCGGUCCGCGGCUCGUUAGAAGGCAAGCCGUUUAUGUGGGAGGCGGGCGAUACACCGCGCGGCUUUGGCUUCCCACAGUCGGCCGGCAUCCCGAACCAGCCCGAUGACGAGGUCAAAAUUGAGAAGUCUGAGGACUCAGACUGGGUCAGCGACGCGGACGCCGAUGCUGAGGCGCCUGUUCAGUCGACUCCUCGCCCUGCACGUCCGUCGGGCCUCGCUCCGCCAACGUCGGGCACGCACGCGCCGCCGAACUCUUCCCCCUCCGUGUCGUCGCCGCUGCAGCACUCCCAGUCCCCAGCUCAGGUUAAGACGGAGCCGCAGUCCAAGGCGGAGAGCGACUCGCCGCCGCAGACUGAGGGCUCGCCGCCACAACCCCAGACAGCACGCUAG